AGAUAAUCAAUCGUUAUGCUAAUUUUUCUUUGAAUACAGAACUAAUUAUUUUAUAAUCAUGUCUAUGUUACAAUAAAUAUAUAUAUUUAUAUACUUGUGGACUACUAAUACUACUUAUACAUUCAAAUGAAUGAUGAAAAGUCACUUCAAUUAUUUAUGUAAGAAGGAAUAUGGGAAAAAAAAUAUUUGUGGUUGGUUAACACACACACUCGAAUUUCAAAUAGCCAAAAGCAUAAUGACUGACAUAUUAUAUAAUUCAGCAUAAUUUCUACUUUGAACAGAUGAAGUACAACAAUGGGAAAUAAUGUACUACUGUCUAAUUCUAUCUUUUUGGAUUUUUUAAAAAAAAAAAUAAUCGUUUUACUGGAAAGUUGAAAUUGUUUGUAGAUAUUUCUUAGUACAUCUAUAUAUAUAAAAAUAUAUCUCAUCAUUUACAAGAAUGCAUCCAUCAUUUUCGAAUACAUAUAGAAAGUCAGCUGAUGAGAAUCAUACAGUUGAAUCGAAACCACUGACUGGUAGUAAUAGUAAUAAUAAUAAUAAUAUUAAUCAUGACCACCACAAUAACACAUCUAACUCUGCUAAUGGUCAUACUGAUGACAAGCGACCUAAUGAUGUAAUAAAGGCAAUGGAAGAUGGAGAUAAGUAUAAUAAUAAUAAUAAUACGCCAGUCAGCCUAGUAAAGCAGAUUGAUUCAGAUGAUACGGAAUUAAUGACAAAUACUCCACAGAAAAGAAAUUGGAAAGGAAUUCUACUUGCAUUACUGGUGAUUAUGUUCAUUUCUUCUCUGAUUCUAACAGCAAGUGUUUUAACAACACCAAAAGAGAAAAAGAUCGAUCAUGGAUUACCGUUCACAUUUUCUGAUUUAAUGCACGUAAAUACACUUUUGGAAUCAUUCAAUAGUCAAACUGUUAAUGUUGAUUUUGAGUCAUUUGUUAUAAUACCGUUAAGUGAAUCCUUACUAGUGUAA